CGCCCCCUGGCCGUGCGGAAGAGACGGGGAAGGGGUCGAGCGGGAGCCCAGGCGCUACACUGGUCAGGGCGCUGCCCGGCGGGUGUCUCUCUUACCUGUUGGCAGAAACAGAUUAUUCCAGUUUGCCGUGGAUUCCUCAUUGUUAUGUUGCAGCCGAUUAGUAUCCACCUUUUUCAGCACAAAGCAUCCCUCUCUAACACCCCAGGCCUGAAGAAGGAGAAAAAAUAUAAGGAAAAAAAUAGUUGUUUUGUCGUUUCUUUAGGCUGGGAACUGGUGUGUGUUUUAUAAUGUCUCUUACUGAACCGCCCUGGACUAUGAGAAGGGAAGCAAUGGAUGCUGUUUUUGUGGUCAGCAAAGUAAACUCUGCUUGGAGUACAAUUUUAAGCAAUAUUAUGUAAUCAAAUCACUCUAAGUCAAACCUUAUAUGUGCUGCAGUGGCAGUUGCAACUUUAUUGAAGAUACUGCCCCAGACCUCAGCCAGGAUUAUAGACGCUACAGUUCAGAGUUUUCCCUGUAGUUAAAAAUUAUUUUCUUAAUCCGUGAGAUGAGACUGAAAUAGGAAUGUUUUCAUUAAACCCAGCCUGGGUUUGAAGAGGCGGUUGGACCUUCUGAGUUUGUGGUGAAUUUCAGAGCCUCGCUACCAAGGGGAAUUCAUGCUAUGGCAGCAACCUAUCAGCUUGUAGUCACUACUGUGAACUGUUACAGCAGUGUCGUGAUAGACUGUCACUUUCAGCACACUGUGCAUUACUGCACUGGGACCUGUCAGGUGUUCAAGCAAGGAGUUGCAUGCAUAGUGGCCCACCACAGUAUUUGUGCAGAGCUACUUCGAGUCCCUGCAUCUAAUGUCAGAGGUGCAGAUCUAGACCAGAGACUUCCGAUUCCUGAAAAUGGGCUAACUAUGGCUGGGAAUGAAGACUAUCAUCAGAUCUUCCCAAGUAAUCCAAGACUCAAAAAGGGAUCUUCAGUGCAAACCACCUGCAGUCUAAAAGAUAUCACCGGGGAAGCUAUAAAUCUUGCCAGUGGUAAAAUAAAGGAAUUCUCCUUUGAAAGGCUCAGAAACUCUUCCAGCCAUGUGACCUACAGAAAGGGAAGGAAAGUGAGGUCAGAGUCGUUCAGCAGACGGUCAUUUGAUUUUGAUCUGAUUUAUGGACACUUCAACAAUGAUGAGAACUGCCCUCCCUUUGGCUUGCUGCAGACUCCCUCAGCUGGGGAGAAAUGGCAGGAGAGCUGCAAUUCCUCAGAGGGAAAUGUGAAUACUACCGCUUCCCUCUCCACCCAGGCCUUCUCUGAAGAGAGCUUUAUCACCCAGAUUUUGGAAAAGCACAAGCUGGACAGCUCUUCUGGUGGAGAUAUUAAAGUGUGUUUGGACAUUCUGCUCAAAUGCUCUGAGGACCUGAAAAAAUGUACAGAUAUCAUCAAGCACUGCAUCAAAAAGAAAUCUUCAGGUGAUAUCAGUGGGGGAAAUGAUAAUGACCCCCAGGCCAGCUCUGAGAUGAUCUAUAGGAAUUUGAUGACUAGGUUUUCUUCCUACCUGAAAAAGCUCCCCAUUGAACUAAAGCAGCCCAGUCACGUGGAAUUGGCAGAAUUGGUUACUAGUUUGCAUGGGUUGCAGCAGGCUCCCUUUCCCCCAAUAUUUGGCAAUGAGCAGCCUCCUAGGUAUGAGGAUAUUGUGCAUUUGCCAUCCGCCAUAACAAGACCCUCUCUUCCUGUAGAACUGCAAGAUGGCCAGCAUGAGAUUGGCACAACUAGCACCCCAAAACCUAUCCAAACUAACACUGGGGGCUUUACCUCAGACGCCUUGCACAGCAGCACCCAGCAGAACAACUCAAGAACUGUGAAAAAUGCUUGUACUGUACCUCAGUUACUAACUGUAAGCCCUUCCAAUUGUGUGUCUUCCACAGAAACACUAUACAUUGAAGAGGAGUCAGAUGGGGAGAUAGCACUAGGCAAGGGAAAGAGGGCAGAACAUAAAAGUAGCUGGGAGAGUUUAGAGAGCAGCCAGCAGAAAACUGGAAGCCCAGAUCUUACUGUAGUCCUUAAAGAGGCACCUGGCAGAGUUCAUGCUGAAGCUGUUGCCGAGACCUCUGAGAAAGUCACCUUUAUAGAACCAGUCUCAGAUUCUCUUAUGAAUGAUUCCAGGGCUAGCACCUCUUCAGGAGAACAAAGAGAAUCAAGGAAAAACAACCAGGAUGAGAUAGAUAAGCUGCUGUUGGACUUGGAGCACUUUUCACAGAAAAUGGAGAGCGCGCUGAAGGAGCCCACCAUGAAGGAGAACAAUCCUGGAUUUCUGAAGGGCUUUGGCCAAGAGGGUGGGAAGGUCCUACCGCUAGCUCUUGAAACCAAAAAUAAAUUCUGUUUAUUCCCUGACAAAAAUUCUACUUCCCCUUUGUCAAAGACUGUGGAAACCAAUGGCCACAAAAUGGAGGAAGACGACAAAGCCCUUCUACUGCGUAUCCUGGAAAGUAUUGAGGAUUUUGCCCAGGAACUGGUGGAAUGCCACAUGGGCAAAGGAAGUUUAUCCAAAGAGAAGGAAAUGAUGCAAAUUCUUCAGGAAACCUUGACCACUUCCUCACAGUCCUUCCCAGCUGUUCAGAGAAGUUGUAUGGGUGCUACUACCAAAGACACUGUCCCCACAUUGAUUCAGCAAGCCCCAGAGGUGAUCAAGGUUCAAAAUAAACAAGAGAAGAAGCCUGGGACUCCAUCCCCAGCCCCUUUGAAGUCAGCAGUCAGCCCACGACCUCUUGUGACUGUGAAUAAAGUUCUUAUCAAUGCCCCUGUGUCCAUAAACAUUCCACGUUUCUACUUCCCCAAAGGGCUUCCAAGUGUCUGCAACAAUCAUGAGGAAACCAUUGCCAGGAUCGAAGCAUCCUUUACCGAGUUUGAAGAUGAGAGAGCCAACAUUUAUGAAAUGGGGAAAAUUGCCAAGGUAUGUGACUGCCCUCUGUACUGGAAAGCCCCCAUGUUCAAUGCGGCAGGGGGAGAAAGGACGGGAUUUGUAUCUGUACAUUCGUUCGUAGCUAUGUGGAGACAAUUACUACAGAGCUACCAUGAUGAUGCAGCCAAAUUUCUUUACCUUCUAGCAAAACCCAGCUGCAACUACCUAGAGCAGGAGGAUUUCAUCCCACUACUUCAGGAUGUGGUUGAAACGCAUCCAGGCCUGACGUUCUUGAAGGAUGCUCCAGAAUUCCAUUCCCGCUACAUUACUACGGUUAUACAGAGAAUAUUCUACAUGGUCAAUAGAUCCUGGUCUGGUAAAAUCACCCUAACGGAGUUGAGGAAAAGCAACUUUUUGCAAACUCUGGCCCUCUUGGAGGAAGAGGAUGACAUAAACCAAAUCACAGACUACUUCUCCUAUGAGCACUUCUAUGUCAUCUACUGUAAAUUCUGGGAGCUGGACACUGACCAUGACCUCUACAUCAGCCAGAAGGAUCUGGCUAGAUACAAUGAUCAAGCUUUAUCAGCCAGGAUUAUUGAGAGGAUAUUCAGUGGAGCAGUGGUGAGAGGCAACGAAGCGCAGAAAGAGGGACAGCUGAGCUAUGCAGAUUUUGUGUGGCUCCUCAUUGCUGAAGAAGACAAAAGGAGCCCCACAAGUAUCGAAUACUGGUUCCGCUGCCUGGAUUUGGAUGGAGAUGGCGUACUGUCUAUGUAUGAACUGGAGUAUUUUUAUGAGGAACAAUGUGAGAGGAUGGAAGCGAUGGGCAUCGAGCCAUUGCCAUUCCAUGACUUACUGUGCCAAAUGCUCGAUCUGGUGAAGCCAGAUGGUGAUGGUAAGAGCUGCUGUAAACCCCAGCCUGUUGGAGGUGUUUA